AUGAAGCUUCUGUUCGUGUCCUUUGCCCUGAUCGUCCUUGCCGUGGCGUUGGUGUCGGCACUACCUGCAGUCAACGACGAGUCCAUCCUCGGCGGGGACGUGUACGAGGCGGAAGUCGACAGCUUCAACCCGCAGGAUCCGCAGGCGUUCCUGAAGCUGAAGAAGCUGAAGAAGCUGCUGUUCCUUGGCUAA